CAAACACCCACAAUUACAGAGCUGAAGAGUCGCACCACUGGCUUCUCCAAUGCCAGAAAACACUUAUUAUAUGGAUGAGCAGAAAAGCUUGGGCUUUGAGGAAGACAUGGCCACUGAAGGCAAGAAGAAGAAAGCAAAGAAAAACAAAGGUCAAACAUGGGCCAAAGAGGGGCCACGGGACCCUAUUGAAAUGCUGGACUCUCUUCCAGAGGAGAAGCAACAGGAGAUUCAGAAAGCUCUGCACCUCUUUUCCCUGGGCCAGGGGCCUCCGAGGAACCUUCAGGAAGCCCGUAGAUACACAUACCGCUUUUGGGAUACCCAGCCAGUCCCUAAGAUAGAUGAGGAAGUGACAUCACAAGGGCCCAUAGAAUCGGAGAGGCCCAGUGUUCGAGAGGAGCCAUACUCGCUUCCAAAGGGCUUCAUCUGGGACACGCUCGACCUGUACAACCAGGAGCAGCUGAGCGAACUGUGUGACUUGCUGAAUGAAAAUUAUACAGAGGAAGAUGACAACACACUUCGCUUGCACUACUCUCCACAGUUCUUGCUCUGGACUAUGUGCCCCCCUGGUUGGCAAUCACAAUGGCAUUGUGGAAUCCGGGUAAAUGCCAGUCAAAAACUAGUGGGAUUCAUAAGUGCCAUUCCAGCAACAAUUAAACUAUUUGACACAGCGAUAAGGAUGGUGGAGGUGAACUUCAUGUGUGUGCACAAAAAACUACGCUUUAAGAGAAUGGCACCAGUCCUGAUCAAGGAGAUCACCAGACGUGUAUACCAACAGGGUGUAUUUCAAGCAGUCUACAGUGCCAGUGCAUUGUUACCAAAACCUAUUGCAAACUGUAGGUACUGGCAAAGAUCUCUGAACCCACGCAAGCUAAUUGAGCUGAAUUUCUCAUCUCUCACUCGUAACAUGACCCUGCAUCGAGCACUCAAGUUAAACAGGCUUCCUGAGACAACAAAAACCAUAGGCCUUCGCUCCAUGACUGUGCAGGAUGUGCCCAUGGUUCAUGGUCUUCUGAGAGAACAUCUAAAGACAUUUCAUCUCUCCCCUCUUUUGACCCAGGAAGACGUCCAACACUGGCUUUUGCCACAAGAUGGUGUAAUUGACACAUAUGUGGUGGAGCAGAGCAAGGAUGGUACUAUUACUGACAUGGUUAGUUUCUACACACUUCCCUCGACGGUUCUAAACCACCCUGUGCACAAGAGCCUGAAGGCAGCCUGUGUUCUGUUCUGCGUCAGCACAGCCACCCCACUGCUGCAGUUAAUGGAGGACAUCCUUAUCAUCUGUAAAGCAGUGGGGUUUGAUGUGUUCUCUGCGCUGGAUAUAAUGGAUAAUAAAUCUUUUUUUGAGCCACUUAAGUUCAGAAUGGGAGAUGUAUGCAAGCAGUAUUACCUCUACAACUGGAGAUGCCCUGACAUUGCCUCAGACAAGGUGGGCAUUGUGCUGAAGUAAUGGCAUUUCUGUGCCACAUAAAUACUCAGAGGAGAGUCUGAAUGUUCACAUUUGCUCAAAAUCAUUUGCUCAUAUAACACACAUUCUCUCAGCUAAUAUUUAAAUAAAUACAGAAUUGGUC